GGACAAGACAGAGGUGCUGGGCGUGCUGCUGCGGCCACUGUGGCAAAAUGGCGCUCAACUGCGGAACUGCGUUUGCUAAAUAUCUACUAUGCUUCCUCAACUUCAUUUUCUUCGCCGCCGGCGGAGUGGUGCUGGCCCUGAGCAUCUGGCUGGCGGUGGACAACACCUCCUUCCUACUGCUGACGCGGGUAUCCGAGAACGAGAGCCUGGCCACGUUCAACCAGCCGUCGGUCAUGGAGCACGGGGCCUACAUCCUCAUCGCCGCCGGGGGGCUCGUCUUCCUCAUCGGGUUCCUCGGCUGCUGCGGCGCCGCCAUGGAGUCGAGGGCGCUGCUCACCAUGUACGGUCUGAUGGUCAUCGUCAUCUUCUGCUUGGAAGUGACAGCAGGAGCCCUCGCCGCUGUCUACAAGGCUGAGACGGAAGAAGAACUGCAGAACUUCCUGAAACACACACUCAAGAAGUAUUAUUCCACCCAAGACACCGCCAACUCCGUGACUGUCGCCUGGAACGCCCUUAUGGCUGAGCUGAAGUGUUGCGGCGUGAACAACUACACGGACUUUGAACAGGCGAUAAUGUGGCAGGCGAACAAAUCCUCGAGUGUGUUGGUUCCCGAGGCGUGUUGCACCUUGAAGGGCGACCCCAUGAAGUUCAUUCCUGAGGACGACACCUGUCUCGGCAGCCCCAACAGGGAGAACUCGUAUUAUCUCACUGGAUGUCUGAGCAGGUUACAGGAAGAAACUUUCUACUAUCUGACACCCAUGUUGUCCGUUGCCAUCUGCCUGGGGACUCUGCAACUUCUCCUCAUCACUCUCUCCUUUUACCUGUGCAGAGCCAUAACUAGGGCUCUCAAGGUUGCUACGGUAGACUGAAGAAUUGGGUAGAAGAUCACGCCAACUUGCUCAUGGGGAUCGGCAUCGGUGUGGCCGCCUUGGAGCUGCUGGGGAUGCUGUUUGCCUUCUGCCUCUGCUGUUCCCUCGGCCAGAAGAUCAAGUGACGCCAGCGCCGCGUCCACACCGGCCACGAAGAACAAUAUACAGUCAAACAGCUUGACAUGGACUAAACAUAUAGUGAAAGAAAAGUCUCGAUAUAUAUAGUUAUAUAUAUAUGCGUAUGUGUGUGUGUGUAUGUAUAGUCUGUACGUGGGAAAGAAACAAUUUUUUUUUUCUUUUUCUUUUUUUUUUUUUUUUUGGUAUGGGGGGAGGGGGGGAGUGAUGAACAAGUGAAGUGGCUGAGUGCUAUGGUCGUUUUCACACACUUUUUUAUAUUUUUUCUUUGACAAAAAGGUAAGCUCCCUUUGAAUCGGAUUAUCAUCACCAUAGCUUUGUUAUCCGUAUAAAAGACGACGUAUUGUCAUUUCUGAUUAUCUUAAAGGAUUAAAAAUAGAGCCCUUUUUAGUGAUUCAAACACAAGGCGGAAAAGAUUUACAUAGUAGACCUAUAGAAAAAAUAAUGUUACGUACUUUGACAGACAAUAAUAAGUACGAGAAAGACAAGCUCGUAGGUUUUUUAUCGAUAUCAUAUAAAAGAAACAAAGAAAAAAAAUCUGACGAAGUGAUACAUUCAGCUUCUCAAAAAAAGUUAUUGAGCUCUCGGUAAACUCCCUUUUUGUAAGCCUGUUUCCCUCAAUUCUUUCUCUUCCUCUGUAUGUCGAAGUGUCACUUGAAUUUUAUGCGAACGAUUCUUUCUCCAUAGGCUUGCUGUGUUACGUGUGUUGGUCUUAACUCCUGCAUUGCAUUAUCUCUGGGCUGUACAAAUGCUUACGUUUCAUUCAUGCUUUAGAAAUAUUCUCGUUCUUCCGUUUGGUAU